CUCACACUGCUCCACCGAAAAAAAGAAAAAAGAAAAGGAAAGAUAAGUGAGGACUCAGGAGGGAUGAGCUCCUCGCCCCAUCGUUCUCGCGGCGGCAACGGGAACGGAGACGGUGGAGAUAACAGGCCGAGAUUCUUCGACCCAAAAACGAAGAUCAAGUGUUGGAACAACGCCGAAAUCGUUCCCGGCCGCCACCCUGAGAGGUGGCGAAAAGACGCCGCUGGCAACAUUGUUUGCAAGCGCUUCAAAGACUGCCUCGGCUGCCUCUGCUACGAGUACGAUCACAUCGUCCCCUUCUCCAAAGGGGGUGAAUCCACUGAGGAAAAUUGUCAAAUACUUCAGUCAAGAGUGAACAGAUUCAAAUCAAAUAAAUAUCAGGUUGAUACUGAUCAACUCAAAGGAUACUCUUGUGAUGUUAUCUUUACUGACAAGGAGCUCGACAUAAUCGAGAUGGCUGUUUAUGGCGAUGUUAUCCGGCCAGGAAACCAGUGCCGAUGCAGAACUGUUGCCGAGAUGCUUGGCAAAUACAAGUCUAAAGAUGAGACAACUGCAUGCAAGUUGCCAUAGAGAGGAGGAUGAUUCUUAGCUGUUGCAAGCAACAUUUCAAGAUUCAUGGAUUCGAAAGAGAAGCUUACAGGCACUCUCCUUUCUCAUAACUCAGACAAAAAAAUAACAGUUGCUUCCACCAUUUUUAUCAGUUGGCCUUGUUUUAGGAUUUUGACAUUUAAAUGGUUUUUGUUAUACACAAUUCUGGGAAAAUGUUACCCUUUAGUUACUGUACUAUCAACAUUAUAACCCAUAAUGCUGCCAUUAGCAACCUGUUAAAGAUUAAGGUCAUUCAAAGGACAGUAGUAUUCUUUUUUUUAUAUUAUAUCUUUGGCAUAUGUUAUA